AUGAAAACCAAUUCAGCCACAGGGUGUUUAAGAGAAAGAAAUGGUCUCCGCGUAUGCCGAAAGUCGAGCAUGAUAUCUAAGAGUCCUCUCUCUCAAGCCAGAGUUUCUCAAAAUUCAGAAGAAGUUGCAACUGUGAUAAAUAAUGAUCAGGCUGGCGUUGGUCAACCGCAAAGUGGUGUUUUAGUGGUAAUUGAGCCCUUGACAGUAAACUUCUGCUUCAAUAAAACACAGCGUCUGGAAGUAGUGACCAUCUCUCUGUGCCACUCCAGCAGCAGCAAGUCUUCUGAGCAUCAAGAUUUCAAUUUAUCGGAUUUCUACAUCUCUGACAAGAUUUUUUCUGGAUUGCCUAUUGAUAGAAAUUUGACAUAUGAUAAUAACGUUGAUUCGAUAUUCUUACCUGAUUACAAAUGUGAAGAGUCAAAUGUAUUUUGUGAUUUGGCUGAGGACUACAUGGUAUUGCCUCUUCUCGAGAAUACUUUGGAAACUAGGUAUGACCAUGAUGGCAAAUCAUCAGGAGAAACCAUUGGUGAUGUCAAGGAUUCAAGCUUAUAUUUGGCAAUUCAUCAACUGAGAUCCUCCAACCAAGAUACUGACAUUAAUAUCUACCCCAACUACGACCCAGCAGAUUGCUUUGAUCCACAGGUUUAUAUCAGAAAUCUCCCUGACCAGCUGGAUGCAACAUCAACAUUGCCGAACACCAAUGUUCCCAAAGAAAAGCAAAAAGCUAAACAGAUCACAUUAGUUCUCGACUUGGAUGAAACACUUGUGCAUUCUACCCUCGAAUUCUGUAGUGAUGCAGACUUCACAUUUCCUGUUUUCUUUAACAUGAAAGAGCAUAUUGUGUAUGUGAAGCAUAGGCCUCACCUCCGGAUGUUCUUGGAAAGAGUUGCUGAGAUGUUUGAAAUGGUGGUGUUCACUGCUAGUCAAAGCAUCUAUGCGAAACAACUUCUAGACAUUCUGGAUCCAGACGGAAAGCUUAUUUCAAAACGAGCAUAUCGUGAAUCUUGCAUAUUUGCAGAAGGAAGUUACAUGAAAGACUUGACAGUUUUGGGUGUUGAUCUUGCAAAGGUUGCCAUUAUUGAUAAUUCUCCACAGGUUUUCAGUUUGCAAGUGAAUAAUGGCAUUCCUAUUAAGAGUUGGUUUGACGACCCAGCGGACACUGCACUUAUUUCACUACUUCCAUUCUUGGAGACUUUGGUUGAUGCUAAUGAUGUUCGGCCCAUAAUUGCUAGGAAAUUCGGUAACAAGGAAUAA